AUGGUGGAGAAGGAGAAGACUGCUCUGGAGGGAGAGAAGAACACAGCCGUAGAGUUCCUCACUCUGGAGAAUGAUAUCUUCAAACAAAAGAGCCAGCUCUGCCAGUACUAUGUGUGAGUACUACAACCACACAGUGUUGCCAUAUUUAGUGUUUUUUACUAACAAGAAAUCAGGUUAGAAAGAAUCUGGGAGGAAGGGUUGAUGCAGUUAACGCAGAUGGUAACUUUUUAGAAUUCAUAUGUCCUUGUUGACCAGAGUGUGAUUGUUUCUUUGUUGUCAGCCAUGAUCUCCAGAAGAGAGUGGCAAACAAAGAAGAGGAGAAGCAGAGGAUCCAAGACGACACCAAAGAGCUCACAGAGAAAAACAACAACAUCGCUGAGAAAAUGGAGAAGAAGAACCAAGACCUGAAAAACGUGGAGAAGUAGGCUUUUCAUUUUUUAUUUAUGUUAUUCAUGGCAAUUGAUACCAAAAGGACAAAUUGAUGAACAAAAUAUAGUCCUAAUGUAAAAUGAAUGUCAGUCUUCAGUGCAAUAAUGUUAUGAAAUGGAGAUUGUUCAUAGACCUGCUGGCGACCAGCGAUACAGAAAAGCAAAAUUAGCAGUAAUUUGUUUGAUUGCCAUUCAUAAUGUCAAUGUUGUGUGAUUUUUCUCUCAGGAAACAAGGCAAGCUGACCAAGUACAUUGAGGGCCAGAAGGAGAAGUUUACCCAGCUGGACCUGCAGGAUGUGGAGGUCCGAGAGAAACUGAAGCACACCAAGAGUAAGAUCAAGAAACUACAGAAACAACUGGAGAAGGACAAGGAGAAGGUGUGUGUUUAGGUGUGCAUGUGUCCCUUUUGCUGUGAACAUAAUUCAGGUCUCUGUAAUCGAGGCUUCAGUGAUUCCAUUUCGGGGGUAUCAUAUUGGGCAAUCUCUGUGUGUACAGGUGUAGCUCAUGGCGGCUCUCCAAAUCUAUACGUUAGGAGGCUGUGAUUGUGGCGAAUGUGCUACAUAACUUACCGGUCGUACUCAUAAACAAACACAAUGGUGCUCUGUCCUCUCAAGACAGGCCAGCACCAAUGACCUGACACUUCACUUUUAUUCUGUUGAUUUUGUCCCCUGGCCAAAGCGAAACACGGCCACUCGUAAUACAAUUUCCCUCCCUAUACAAACACAAGGCCUGUUGUACUGAGACCCGGAGAAGGCAUUGCUCAGGGAUUUACAGAUGACCUUAUUAGUAAUUGCCGUAUUGCGUAAUUAGACACAUUUCAUAUUUACUUGUAUCAAUGUCACAAAUAAACAAGUGUGUUCAUUUUUAUUACAGUAACUUGCUUGGGAUUGGCUCUGGGUGGGUGAGGGUGUGUAUCCCACUUUUGAAUAGAUUUUAAAAAUAUAUAUUCUGUGUCAUGAGGUCCCUCUUGAAUUUUUUUUUUUUUAUUGUUACAUUGCUGAGACUAAAAUGGAUUGAUAAAGUGGCUGGUAUACCUGAUUAUUUAAUAAGAGAAACUCCUCCAGUUAGCCACUAGGGUGUUGAACUCAAACACAAACCCUCCAAAGCUUGGCUCUCUGCUGCCUCUCACUCGCUUUCUCCCAUGCUCUCUUCUCUCUCUUCCAUGGGCUCCCUUUUCUCUCUCUCCCCACUCACACAUUCAAUAUGCUCGAAGUCUGUCUUCCUUUCUCUCCCCCUGUUCUGCUGCCUGUAUGAUACAGCACCAGUGGCUGUGAUUUGGCAGUGUGGUGUUGGGUUGUGGAGGCCGGGUAGAGCAGAGCAGGCCUCUGGGGAGCCGUGUUCUGCAGUGUGGUAGUGAAGUAUGGCCUUGUGUAACACUACCAGCAGCCACAUUCACUCUUCACCCACAGUUAACCCUGCUAGCUUGGCCGCCUCCACUCCCUCUUACCACCCUGCCCACUGGAGAGAGGUGCAGUUCACAUACUGCCUGCCAGUCUGAUGGAGGUGCUCCUUGGUCUUUCCUGGUUUUCUAAGGUUGUACCUCACCUAGAGUCUCAUCUCUCCUCUCUCUCAGCUGGAGGAGGUGCGUAACGUGCCGGCCAGCAGUGAAAAGACCAUCUCUGAGGCGUCCGCUCGCAGGGAGGAGUUGGAGAAACAGAAGGGGAAGGAGGAGGAGAAACUGAAGGAAGUGAUGGAGAGUCUGAAGGAGGAGACCAGUGGCCUGCAGCAGGAGAAGGAGGUGGGUGUCUUUCAUUAUCAGGAAUUGCUGAUUCAUUUGAAGUAGGAAACACUAUUCCUGAUUAAUUGAAUUUGACCGGUAUCUUCUCCCCCUGGUAUUCUAUGUUUUCUGAUCACAUAAUAGAGUGUCUAUUAUUCCCAUGACUCCGUCCCCAGACUAAGGAGAAGGAGCUGAUGGAGCUGAGUAAGGCCGUGAACGAGACCCGCUCCCGUCAGGACGUGGCCCAGUCUGAGCUGGACAUCUACCUGAGUCGCCACAACACCGCUCUGACCCAGCUGAACAUGGCCAAGCAGUCCCUGCAGACCACCUCCGACACGCUGAGAGACCGCCGCGCCGCCAUCGAAGAGCUGCAGGUCAAAAUACCCCAGUGUGAGCAGGAGCUCAAGAAGGUAUGUUGGUGUGUCUGUGGGAGGGUCUCAAGCGUCGAGCUGUUCUUAAGGUUAGGGGUGGACUAUGGGAUUUGUAGCAGUAUGAUGGAUGUAUUUCAGGUGUGUGGAUGACCGUGUGCUGCCCUUGCUGACCAUGUAUCUCUAUCUGCUUCAGGAUGAGGCGGAGCUGGAGCAGCUGCUGCAAGCAGACGGUCAGGCCAGGGAGCUGGUGAAGGACAUGAGGCAGAAGGUGGAGGAGGCCAAGAGCUCCCUGUCCUCUAACCGCAGCCGGGGGAAGGUGCUGGACGCCCUCAUGCAGCAGAAGAGGAGCGGCAAGAUCCCUGGCAUCCUGGGACGACUGGUGAGGACCAUGUGCAUGUAUAGACUACACCAGGGGUGUCAACCUCAUUCCAUGGAGGGCCUAGUGUCUGCUGGUUUUGGUUUUUCCUUUCAAUUAAGACCUAGACCUGUGGUUCCCAAACUGUGGGGUGCGAGGGGUCUGCAGGGGGGGGGCGCGGGGGUCCGGCUUUCAACCUACUCUUAAAAGUUGUAAUGGUAGAAUGCACAAGGUGCAAUUUCGAAAUUGGGUAGUACAUCAUCGGUUUUCCUCUUGUCAUUGCAUACCUUAGAGUUAUUUAUAACUUGUCAGAAAUGUCCAGAUCAACUAGCUCAUGUCAGCUAAUGUAUUUUAGCUAGAUGUUUUAGACCAUAGAUUUUGUUGUAACGUUUGUCACUCAAAUAUCACGACUAAACAUUAGAACAUUUGCUUUAAAAUGGCCACAUUUUCUCUGCACUGCAUGACAAUGUGUAGAAUUGCAGGAAAUAAGCUUUAAACCUGCAAAAGGUUUUCUCCGCCAACAAGAGGGGUGUGAACAGUUUGUGGCAUGAGAAGUGCUCAUAGAAAUAGACGUGGCGUGCCAGCGCGGGAUUUUCCCCAAUGCUGGAAGGGGGGCCUGAGUGAAAAAGUUUAGGAACCCCUGACCUAGACAACCAGUUGCUUUAAUUAAUCAAUCAAGUACAAGGGAGGAGCAAAAACCCGCAGACACUAGGCCCUCUGUGGAAUUAGUUUGACACAUGGGCUACACAGAUGACAUGUGGCAGCUGAGAGAUGCACACACUCAGUGAGACUGUGUUCUUGUCCCUACAGGGUGACCUUGGGGCCAUUGAUGAGAAGUAUGACAUCGCCAUCUCGUCCAGCUGUGGCUCUCUGGACAACAUCCUGGUGGACAGCAUCGACACAGCCCAGAAAUGUGUCAACUUCCUCAAGGCCCAGAAUAUCGGUGUGGCCACCUUUAUCGGCCUGGACAAGGUGAGGACAACUCCAACACCUGGGGCCUCAUUUAUCAAUAUUACGUAGAAACUAUACACAUAGUGUAAUUUAUCAAACAAUCCUACAAGCAUCAUACCCACACCGGUAGGAAAGAACCACUGAUAAAUACCAAUUGUUCUCAGUGUUCGUGCAAGACCUUGGCUAUUUGCAUUUCGAAAAGCCCAUAAUUAACCAUAUAUGAUCAAAAUCAUCCCUUCAAAGCCUGUGGGAAAUAUACAAUGCCGUACCUUAAAACACAACGGUGCAACCAAAAAAAAGCUACAAUUUAUAUUUUUCUGAGACUGAAAUGGAGGUGCUAGUGUCAGUUUGAGUACAACCAAAAGGUUUUAUUUGGCUCGUUCAGUUGUGGCUUGACCAGUAAAAAUAAAAACAUUGCUACAAAGAGAGGACCAUUAGGACACUUGAAGUUGCUUUAGCAAUGGCAAAUAUAGGCAACACUCACCAAUAUGCCAUCCAUCCUUAACAGCUCCCUCCUGUAGGUGUUUAGACCAACAUUUCUGUUCUGCAGAAUGAACGAGUCGUGCGUUCCACUUGCCACCGCAUUCAGCAGCGUCUUUUGCGCAUCACAUAACCUAUUAACUACACAUUAAGAGUGGAAACCUUCUCUUCACAUAGUUGAAAUCAUUUUGGGAUGGUUAUUUUAUGGCGGUGGGUGCCGUCUAUUGCUCCUUUUGUAUUUGGGAACCCAUUGAUGGAUCAUGUCAAAGAAACCCCUCUUGACUUCAGACUCUUGUGCGAUGGUGUAUGGAAAUUGUAUGCCUUACUGUUUGUUUUGCUGACGAUUGCAUCCAAAACAUGGGCUCAUCAAGGGCUGUGAGAUGCCGCUUGGCAAGCUCCCGUUGAAAAGUGCCCGUUGCCAAAACCCUGAGGGUGGAUAGUACUUGGAUGUGCACCGGAAUGGCAUGCUUUUGCCUUUUCAAGCAGGUCUCAAAUCCUCGCCAAAAAAUUGGUUUUGGGAAACAAUAUCUGAUGAGCCAAUCUGUACUGUCAAAAAAAUGUUUUGUCCCACCUGUCUCUAAAAACACGCUCUGCGAAAUACAGCCUGUGACUCUCAUUGCAUUUCCCGUUCUGUCUUUUAUAGUAUUUAAACAAUGGUUUCAAUUUCACACAUGCCUCUAAUUUAACAAAUUACGGUACUUUAUAUGGAUUAUUAUCAUAACAAAUGCACUGAUGUGGUCAUAUUAUAUGAUAUAGCUAGCCUGUCAAGAUAUGUUGCAUGAAUUCACAAUAGAAAUACAAUUAAAUUGAAAAAUGAUUGAAUUAUUACUUACAUUUUCAACAUAUAUUUUCCCCAUUCUACGCUUGACAAGCAGUUCCCUUAAUCCAUCACUUGGCACUGUGCGUACCCAUGGUCUCACCAUGCGUACCCAUGGUAAAUGGUAAAUUUAGACACUCAAGCAAACGUUCAUAUUGAUAAAUCUCACACUUUGUGUAGAAAUGAUCCCACGCAUGGUUUACGCACAGAUUUGUGCCUACGCAUGGUUGAUAAAUUAAAUUAGGUUUAACACUGGUCACGCUUAACCUCGCUCGCAGAAAUUACUAUGUUGCAGGCUACACUUUGUCAGUUCUAGAAAAUGAUCUGGCUCAAUUUGAGCUUUGCUACAGUGAACCCCAGCCUAACUUCACUAGGCAUUCUCUCUCUAAUGGGUUUGCUGCAGAGACAACUGGUACAAAGCCUUUACACUCAAAUAGAACACCCUACAAGAUGUAUUAUGUUGUUGCCGCAAGCCCAUUUGUAUGUCCCACAUUGUAGCUAACACUGACAUCCACUCUCUUCCUGUCUCAGAUGAAGGUGUGGGAGAAUAAGAUGGGGCCCAUCUCCACCCCAGAGAACAUCCCCCGUCUGUUUGACAUGGUGCGGGUGCAGGACGAGAGUAUGAAGCCAGCCUUCUACUUUGCCCUGAGGGACACCCUGGUGGCCAAGGAUCUGGAGCAGGCAACACGCCUCGCCUUCCAGAAGGACAAGCGCUGGAGGGUAGUCACCAUGCAGGGACAGAUCAUAGAGAUGGCUGGUGGGUAGACCGAGCGGUAGCUCAUCUCUUCCCAGUGUCUCUCUAUAGAUGGUCUAUAUGGAUGACAUGUCUGACACUAUGCUCUGUCCCAUACCAGGCACCAUGACUGGAGGCGGAGGGAGAGUGAUGCGGGGUAGGAUGGGCACCUCCAUCGGCACCGAGGUCACCCAGCAGGAGGUGAGAGAUCUUCUGGACACUCCUCAAGAGCUUUCUCUGGCCUACAAUCACUGAUAUGGCUCACUUUAAGCUCUGCUGUGGUUAAUAACCUACUGUCUUCUUUUUGUGUGUCAGCUGGACCGUAUGGAGAGCAAGCUGAAUGAGAAGGUGGUGCAGCUGCAGGUCUGCCAGGAGAGGAAGCUGCAGCUUGAGGAGAAAGUCCAAAGACUCAGACAGCAGCUCAGAGACAUGAAGAACACCCUGGAGAAAUACACCAACAGCAUGCAGGUUACACACACACACACACACACAGAGUAUACAGAUGUGAAAUGUAUUCGAUAUUGGUGUAAUUCUUGUUCAUUAGACUUGUUUAGGCAAAGCUGAAUGUAUGUGAGGCUGGCAGUGUUGUAGUCGAGCAACUAAACAUCUGAGUCGAGUCACGAGUCCCUAUGGCUGAGUCCGAGUCACAAGUCCCUAUGGCUGAAGUCAUUUUUAAUACAUAAUGUUUACUUUGCAGUUCGUUGGUUCCGGUCUUCUCUAUUUUUCUGUUACAUAUUUGACAUUGUGCCACUCGUUGCACCAUCUGCGGAAAAACUUUGGAAAGCAAAACUAAUGAUUUGGAUGUAUUUGGUAUUUUGGUUACUGAGUGUUUUGCUUGCUCGUACUGCUGGCUUGCUUCUCGUCUUGCUAGAUUCGCCCCUCUAUUGAUUUGGCUCGGAUUUGGUAGAAGAAAUGUGCCCACCAACAACUAUUGGCGGACUGGCGGGAAGAUUUUCAUGUGAAGUAACGCAAAGAUGUCUACUGUUGCCCAAUGGUCAUAAUUGCCUGCAAUAUGCAAUAGCCUAUGAAACACAGAAGUCUUUCAUACACAGGCUCACACACAUUUUAUUUGAAUAUAGGCCUAAUGUUCAAUAGUUACAGUACCAGUCAAAAGUUUGGACACACCUACUCAUUCAAGGAUUUUUCUUUAUUUUUUACUAUUUUCUACAUUGUAGAAUAAUAGUGAAGACAUCAAAACUAUGAAAUAACACAUAUGGAAUCAUGUAGUAACCAAAAAAGUGUUAAACAAAUCCAAAUAUAUUUUAUAUUUGAGAUUCUUCAAAUAGCCACCCAUUGAUGACAGCUUUGUACACUCUUGGUAUUCUCUCAACCAGCUUCAUGAGGUAGUCACCUGGAAUGAAUUUCAAUUAACAGGUGUGCCAUGUUAAAAGUUUAUUUGUGGAAUUUCUUUCCUUAAUGCGUUUGAGCCAAUCAGUUGUGUUGUGAAAAGGUAGGGGGUUAUACAGAAGAUAGCCCUAUUUGGUAAAAGACUAAGUCCAUAUUAUGGCAUGAACAGCUCAAAUAAGCAAAGAGAAACAAGUCCAUCAUUACUUUAAGACAUGAAGGUCAGUCAAUACGGAAAAUGUCAAAAACUUCAAAAGUUUCUUCCAAGUGCAGUCGCAAAAACCAUCCAGCGCUACGAUGAAACUGGCUCUCAUGAGGACCGCCACAGGAAUGGAAGACCCAGAGUUACCUCUGCUGCAGAGGAUAAGUUCAUUAGAGUUACCGGCCUCAAAUUGCAGCCCAAAUAAAUGCUUCGCAGAGUUCAAGUAACAGACACAUCAAUUGUUCAGAGGGGACUGUAUGAAUCAGGCCUUCAUGGUCAAAUUGCUGCAAAGAAACCACUACUAAAGGACACCAAUAAGAAGAAGAGACCUGCUUGGGCCAAGAAACACGAGCAAUUGACAUUAGAUCGGUGGAAAAUUGUCCUUUGGUCUGGUGUCCAAAUUGGAGAGUUUUGGUUCCAACCGCUGUGUCUUUGUGAGACGCGGUGUGGGUGAACGGAUGAUCUCCGCAUGUGUAUUUCCCACCGUUAACACCUCCUCCUCCAUGCUUAUGUUGUGGGGGUGCUUUGCUGGUGACACUGUCUGUGAUUUAUUUAGAAUUCAAGGCACACUUAACCAGCAUGGCUACCACAUCAUUCUGCAGCGAUACUCCAUCGCAUCUGGUUUGGGCUUAGUGGGACUGUCAUUUGUUUUUUAACAGGACAAUGACCCAACACACCUCCAGGCUGUGUAAGUGCUAUUUUACCAAGGAGAGUGAUGGAGUGCUGCAUCAGAUGACCUGGCCGCCACAAUCCCCUGACUUCAACCCAAUUGAGAUGGUUUGGGAUGAGUUGGACCGCAGAGAGUGAAGGAAAAGCAGCCAACAAGUGCUCAGCAUAUGUGGGAGCUCCUUUAAGACUGUUGGAAAAGCAUUCCAGGUGAAGCUGGUUGAGAGAAUGCCAAGAGUGUGCAAAGCUGUCAUCAAGGUAAAGGGUGGCUAUUUGAAGAAUCUCAAAUAUAAAAUAUAUUUUGAUUUGUUUAACACUUUUUUUGUUUACUACAUGAUUCAAUAUGUGUUUAUUAUUCUACAAUGUAAAAAUAAAGAACAACCCUUGAAUGAGUAGGUGUCCAAACUUUUGACUGUUAGUGUAUGGCAAAUCAGUAAUUGUUUUGAAGGGGUAAAUGGUCUCUAGAUGGAAUUGGCAAUUGCUCCUGUCAGAUUGACCAGAUUGCAAUAAUUGUAACAGGCGCUCAGGUACUUUUUUGUAAUUGCCCUCUGAUACUUUUGUAGGUUUUUUAUUGCAGAGUGAAAAGUAAAGGGAGACUUGUCAGAACCUGGCCAUGGGAUGCAGGGGGGAAAGACUGUUUUUUACUUUUAAACUCAAUACUAUUGUUUUCAUUUUCGUAAAGAAGUUUGUUUCUUAAACAGGCAAGCUAAAUAGUAGGCUGGUGACUGGUGGUUACAGGGAAGCAAGAGUCACUUGCGCAAUGUGUAGCCUGCCUGUCGCCCACACUCAUCGCUUGCUCCCCCGCAGUUCACCAGCUGAUGUAGGUUGUGUGUGCCGGUGUGGUGCGUCCUUCCAACUGAUAGAGAACCGAACUCUUGCUGUUCUGUGCACCAAGUGCUGCUAAUAUUCUGCCUGUCGAGUCCACGUGCAAAUACAAGUCACGGGAAGGCGAGUCCAAGUCAGAAGUCAUGAAAAUCUGGACUUGAGUCAGAGUCCUGGAUUAGAGUACUACAACACUGGAGGCUGGUGAUUGCAGGUGAGGCUGUGGUUGACCGUGUGUGUUUCUUCGCUCAGAGCUUGGCAGAGCAGGAGGCUCACCUGAAGCCUCAGAUUAAAGAGCUGGAGGCCAAUGUCCUGGCUGCUGCUCCCGACAAGAACAAACAGAAACAGUUGGAGAAGAGCCUGAAGGACUUCCAGAAAGGUGAGACCUUUGAACCCCAAAUGUAACUUUAUGAAGGGAAGUUACUUAGAAAUUGCAGGCUACACUCUGUGUCAGUUCUAGUCUUCAGGACAAUGAUCUGGCUCAAUUUGAGCUUUGCUACAGUAAACUCCAGUCUGACUCCACUAGGCAUUCUCUCUCAUGGGCUUGCUGCGGAGACAACUGGUACAUACAACUAGGGGUGUGCUGAUCUCAUCAUACUUGUAAUCUUAUCAGUUUUAUCAUACUUGAUACUCAUAAUCGUAUUUACUUGUGAUCGGAAAACCCGGAAGUCAAUCAAUCAAUCAAUUUUAUUUUAUAUAGCCCUUCGUACAUCAGCUAAUAUCUCGAAGUGCUGUACAGAAACCCAGCCUAAAACCCCAAACAGCUAGUAAUGCAGGUGUAGAAGCACGGUGGCUAGGAAAAACUCCCUAGAAAGGCCAAAACCUAGGAAGAAACCUAGAGAGGAACCAGGCUAUGAGGGGUGGCCAGUCCUCUUCUGGCUGUGCCGGGUGGAGAUUAUAACAGAACCAUGUCAAGAUGUUCAAAAAUGUUCAUAAGUGACAAGCAUGGUCAAAUAAUAAUCAGGAAUAAAUCUCUGUUGGCUUUUCAUAGCCGAUCAUUAAGAGUUGAAAACAGCAGGUCUGGGACAGGUAGGGGUUCCAUAACCGCAGGCAGAACAGUUGAAACUGGAAUAGCAGCAAGGCCAGGCGGACUGGGGACAGCAAGGAGUCACCACGGCCGGUAGUCCCGACGUAUGGUCCUAGGGCUCAGGUCUCUCAGUUGGCUUUUCAUAGCCGAUCAUUAAGAGUUGAAAACAGCAGGUCUGGGACAGGUAGGGGUUUCGUAACCGCAGGCAGAACAGUUGAAACUGGAAUAGCAGCAAGGCCAGGCGGACUGGGGACAGCAAGGUGUCAGCAUGCCCGGUAGUCCUGACGUAUGGUCCUAGGGCUCAGGUUCUCAGAGAGAAAGAGAGAACGAGAGAAUUAGAGAGAGCAUACUUAAAUUCACACAGGACACUGGAUAAGACAGGAGAAGUACUCCAGGUAUAACCAACUAACCCCAGCCCCCCGACACAAACUACUGCAGCAUAAAUACUGGAGGCUGAGACAGGAGCGGUCCGGAGACACUGUGGCCCCAUCCGAAGAAACCCCCGGACAGGGCCAAACAGGAAGGAUAUAACCCCACCCACUCUGCCAAAGCACAGCCCCCGCACCACUAGAGGGAUAUCCUCAACCACCAACUUACAAUCCUGAGACAAGGCCGAGUAUAGCCCACAGAGGUCUCCACCACAGCACAAACCAAGGGGGGGCGCCAACCCAGACAGGAAGAUCACGUCAGUAACUCAACCCACUCAAGUGACGCACCCCUCCUAGGGACGGCAUGAAAGAGCACCAGCAAGCCAGUGACUCAGCCCCUGUAACAGGGUUAGAGGCAGAGAACCCCAGUGGAGAGAGGGGAACCGGCCUGGCAGAGACAGCAAGGGCUGUUCGUUGCUCCAGAGCCUUUCCGUUCACCUUCACACUCCUGGGCCAGACUACACUCAAUCAUAUGACCUACUGAAGAGAUAAGUCUUCAGUAAAGACUUAAAGGUUGAGACCGAGUCUGCGUCUCUCACAUGGGUAGGCAGACUGUUCCAUAAAAAUGGAGAUCUAUAGGAGAAAGCCCUGCCUCCCGCUGUUUGCUUAGAAAUUCUAGGGACAAUUAGGAGGCCUGCGUCUUGUGACCGUAGCGUACGUAUUGGUAUGUACGGCAGGACCAACUCGGAAAGAUAGGUAGGAGCAAGCCCAUGUAACGCUUUAUAGGUUAACAGUAAAACCUUGAAAUCAGCCCUUGCCUUAACAGGAAGCCAGUGUAGGGAAGCUAGCACUGGAGUAAUAUGAUCAAAUUUCUUGGUUCUAGUCAGGAUUCUAGCAGCCGUAUUUAGCACUAACUGAAGUUUAUUUAGUGCUUUAUCCGGGUAGCCGGAAAGUAGAGCAUUGCAGUAGUCUAACCUAGAAGUAACAAAUGCAUGGAUUAAUUUUUCUGCAUCAUUUUUGGACAGAAAAUUUCUGAUUUUUGCAAUGUUACGUAGAUGGAAAAAAGCUGUCCUUGAAACAGUCUUGAUAUGUUCGUCAAAAGAGAGAUCAGGGUCAAGAGUAACGCCGAGGUCCUUCACAGUUUUAUUUGAGACGACUUUACAACCAUCAAGAUGAAUUGUCAGAUUUAACAGAAGAUCUCUUUGUUUCUUGGGACCUAGAACAAGCAUCUCUGUUUUGUCCGAGUUUAAAAGUAGAAAGUUUUCAGCCAUCCACUUCCUUAUGUCUGAAACACAGGCUUCUAGCGAGGGCAAUUUUGGGGCUUCACCAUGUUUCAUUGAAAUGUACAGCUGUGUGUCAUCCGCAUAGCAGUGAAAGUUAACAUUAUGUUUUCGAAUAACAUCCCCAAGAGGUAAAAUAUAUAGUGAAAACAAUAGUGGUCCUAAAAUGGCACCUUGAGGAACACCGAAAUGUACAGUUGAUUUGUCGGAGGACAGACCAUUCACAGAGACAAACUGAUAUCUUUCCGACAGGUAAGAUCUAAACCAGGCCAGAACUUGUCCGUGUAGACCAAUUUGGGUUUCCAGUCUCUCCAAAAGAAUGUGGUGAUCGAUGGUGUCAAAGGAAGUGUGCUUUAAAUGCCGGUAAAGCCUAUACCUUAAGUGCACUAUCACUCAGAGUGCAUCGCUAUGCUCCUUCACUCAUUCACAUAUUGUUCAAAUCAAAGAAAUGAUCUCAACAGCUGAAAAUGCACAUGAUUUACUUACUUAGUCCUAUUAAAUUAUCAAUGAAAUAGGCUAAUAAAUAAUGUAUGACUGGCUACUGCUGCCUGCAUUUAUUCCAGACACAGAUUUAGGUAAUUUGCUUGCCCCAUAUAUUGUUUCACUUUCGAAGAGUGCAAAACUUUUCUCUCCUGACACUUACAGCUCAACCUACACCCCGCCCAUUUCUUUACAGACAGCCGAACUUGCCAACUGAGUUAUUUAGAGUGCACAGCGCUUCACACUUUCAAUAGUGUGCAACCCACAAUUCCCAUUGGUUCAUUCAUGUACAACCCGUCCCUGCCUGUUGUUCAUCAGUAGACUGUCUGUGGGAAAACGGUCUGCUAGCACAGCAGGCGGGAGCGACAGUGUGCUAACUUGCUAGUUAGCAACACCGUGUGCUAGCUUGCUUGUUAGCAUGCUGUAUACCGGAGUACUCCUUAGGACUAGCAGGCACAGUGUCAUUCGUGCCCUCCUGCCAAACUAUACUGGAGCGCCCCUGCCUCCUGCCUAUGUACUGGAGUCAUAGUUUUAAAAUGGACCAAUAGAAGUAUAAAGAGGGAUUCCUGCAGAGUGACAGUGAGAUGCGUUCUGGCAGCUGAAAAUUACUUUUCCCCGAUCACGGAUAAUUACAAACAAAAAAAUCGUAUUCGGAAGAUUCUCUAUCCGUUACGAUACUGGUUUUGUCAGAGUACUCGGCACACCCCUAAUACACAGUUGCCCCCACUUGACCUUUGAGGCUUAACACCCACUCCUGUCUCACGUAUAAAAAAAUGUAUCUUUCCCUCCUCUCUCUCUGUCAGACUUUGAGGCAGCCUCCAGUAAGGCAGGGAAGGUGGAGGCUGAGGUGAAGAGGCUCCACACCCUCAUCGUGGACAUCAACAGCCACAAGCUGAAGGCCCAGCAGGACAAACUGGACAAGGUCAACAAGGAGCUGGACGACUGCUCCUCAGCCAUCACCAAGGCCCAGGUGGCCAUCAAGACCGCAGGGCGGUAAGUGUUUAUACACGUGUGCACACAUUCAGCUACCAUCUGGCAAAGGCUUCUGGUUGUGAAUUUAUUAGCUGGGACUUAUCUGAGCUUUUCCCUAAUGGCUGCUGCUCCCCUCCCUCCCCACAGUAACCUGAAGAAGUGUGAAGAGGGUGUAAGUCGCCUGGAGGGAGAGCUGGAGGAGAAUGAGAAGAGCCUAGGAGAGCUGAUGGAGCAUCUGAAGAGGCUAGAGGAGGAGGCUGGGGAGAUCAUGAAGGCCUGCCAGGAGGCUGAGGCGGCACUGCCGGAGGUACAGGAGCAGCACCAGGGGGUGGUGAGGGAGAUCAAGGCCCUGCAGGAGCAGGAGCACGCUCUACAGGAGGAGUCUCUCAGCGUACGCCUCCGGGUGGAGCAGAUAGACACCUCCAUCACCGAACACACCAACAAGAUCAAACACUGGCAGAGAGAGGUGGGUGGCAGGGCUUUGUGUUUUGUGUGAGAUUCACACAUGCUUUGUUGUUACCCUGUUGGUUUGGUGUGUGUCUAGAGGUCUACCAAACAGUCUGCUAGUUGCAGUGCAUCAUUUUUUACAUUUUAGUCAUUUUUAGCAGACGCUCUUAUCCAGAGCGACUUACAGGAGCAAUUAGGGUUAAGUGCCUUGCUCAAGGGCACAUCGACAGAUUUUUCACCUAGUCGGCUCGGGUAUUAGAACCAGCGACCUUUCGGUUACUGGCACAACGCUCUUACCCACUAAGCUACCUGCCGCCCAUCAGCUAGUUGCAUUACCUGGGGAACAGUAUCAUCUGACAGACAGACCCAUAUUUUUCCUCCUCUCUUCUCUGCUAUUUACAUUUGUCAUUUAGCAGAUGCUCUCAUCCAGAGCGACUUAGUUAUUCCAUUCAUCUUAAGAUAGCUAGGUGGGACAACCACAUAUCAGUCAUAGUAAGUACAUUUUCCCUCAAAGUAGCUAGGACUGACCAGCUGUGUCCUGUCCUACACAGGCCUCUAAGCUCUCCCUUCAUGCCAUUGAGGACAAACCAGCGGAGGCGCUGCCCGUGCUGACCCUUGCUGACCUGGCGGCCAUCAAGGGGCCUGACGUCAUCACCAACCAAAUCUCCCUGCUGGAGGCCCGCUGUGCACAGAUGAAGCCCAACCUGGGAGCCAUCGCAGAGUACAAGAAGAAGGUACACACCCAGCUCUCUCUAGGUCUAACCAAGCACCUUGACACACAGUUUUUACUCUUCUUGUCUGCUCUCUCAAGUUUCUUUCCCUCUAAGAGAAGGUCAUCAUUGGGUCAUUUCUCUCUGUAGGAGGAACUGUACCUGAAGCGUGUGGCUGAGCUGGAUGAGAUCACCACAGAGCGAGACAACUUCAAGCGCGGCUGUGAGGACCUGCGCAAACAGAGGCUCAACGAGUUCAUGGCUGGCUUCAACAUCAUCACCAACAAGCUGAAGGAGAACUACCAGAUGCUGACACUAGGGGGUGAUGCUGAGCUGGAGCUAGUCGACAGCCUGGACCCCUUCUCUGAGGGCAUCAUGUUCAGGUCAGCAGACACUGGCCCAGCUGGCUGUUUUUGACAUUUUUGUAUCCAUGAUUUGUGAAGAUGGGUCUUUCAAUCAUUUGAUUUUUGGACUUCUUUGUACAUAAUUAAAAUUGACCUAGCCCCAACCUGGUUUCCCCUUUCUCUUCAUUUCAUUGUUGUAUUCAAUAAAUCUAUGAAUGACUCUUACUCAUCAUCUUCUCUCUGUCCGUGGCCACAGUGUGCGUCCCCCUAAGAAGAGCUGGAAGAAAAUCUUCAACCUGUCUGGAGGAGAAAAGACCCUGAGCUCUCUGGCCCUGGUAUUUGCUCUGCACCACUUCAAGCCCACGCCUCUCUACUUCAUGGAUGAGAUUGAUGCAGCCCUGGACUUUAAGAAUGUCUCCAUCGUGGCCUGUUACAUUUAUGUGAGUAUUUCACAUGCUCGCAUGCACACACAGCAGUUCCUGUGAACUCUAUUCCACAUGGAACAGCUUUGAAUAGUAAUUGCCAUUCUACUCAUUGUAUGUUGCUGUGCUUCUUGUUGACUCAGUGAGGGACAUGGGGUCAGCCCAUCUGUGUUAAUCGUUGUUGUGUAAUGGGAGAUUAUUGGAGGAGCUGUGGUAAGGUGUAAAGCCUAUUCUGAGAAAUCCCCUGUUUUGCAAAGCCCUCUUUUGGCAGCAUGUUGGUCCAUUGUUUUUUCCUGUCAAGGCGGUUGGUGGUUAAUUAUUCCCAGGCCACUAUUUUAAGAGCUUAACUCACAUAAGUACAGGAAAAAUACUUGAGAUUUGCAGCCUUUGAUUUCCCAUUGAAUGUUAAUUUAUUUCCCUACUCCCUCUCUCUCCAGGAGCAAACCAAGAACGCUCAGUUCAUCAUAAUCUCCCUGAGGAACAACAUGUUUGAGAUUGCUGACCGUCUGAUCGGCAUCUACAAAACCCACAACACCACCAAAAGCGUGGGAAUCAACCCUAAAACCAUUGUCUUCAAAGAGCCAAUCUCAGUUUAG